AUCUUUAGGAAUAAACUGUACGAUUUUGCUUAUCACGUUGCUUAAUAAUUUUUCAAAUUCCAUCCUCAUAGUGUCCUGUGACUAAUAAUUAACUCAUGAUGCAAUAGUUGUAUCGGUACAUGAAAUUACCAGAAAUUGGUGAAGUUUGGGCCAGAUUAUUUGAUCAUAGACCAUUUUUAAAUGGAGAAAUAAAGUUUAUGCUAAAGGAAUUCGAGGAAAAACGCGGAGAUCGUGAAGUAGAGAACUUGUUCUUCAUUCUUGAGAAGGUCACUGACAUUAAAGAUAGCCAGGUUGACAAGAUAAAGAAAGGUAGUGAGGCUGCACUACCUGUGCUCAGCGAGAAACUAAACCAGGCACUCCAGUUGUGUGAAGCAGUCGAGGCUGAUUAUCUAGAAGUACAGAAGACUUUUGAACAAAAACAAGCUGAAAAUCGUGAAAAAAGGCAAAAGGAAUGGGAUCAGUUCAUUGAUGAUAUGAACUUUAAGUGCCAAAGGAUUGACAACGCUUUUGAAGAAAAAGAGGAAGAGCUGAGAGAUCUCUACGCAGACCUAAACCACAAGCUCAACAUUACCAAAUAA